AUGAAUCCACAGGCAAUCAACAUACACCGCGGCUUCCCGCCUUCAAAGCGGAAGGUCUCCAUAUCAGUCCGGAGCCAUAUCGAGAGCUUGGACGCCGGGCUUACUUCUGUUAAUGGCGCGCUGGAGGUCAUCUCUAUGAUUCAGUCGCGACACCUCGUCACGAAGCUCAUUCUCGGACACAACGAGCUCGGCGACGACGGGUGUGAAGUUUUGUUCGAUUACCUUAUCUCUGAGGCAGGUUGCGGACAUGGGAUUCUGGAGAUAAGCCUGAAUUCGAAUCAAAUUAGCGACCGUGGUCUGUACUCUAUUUCCCGGUUUUUGCAGAACAAUACUUCACUGCGGAAGCUGUUCCUGCAGAACAAUGCGUUUGCAGGCGACCCAGCCGUCGUCGCCGCCUUAACAGUGGCGCUCAACUCCUCGCAUCUUGACACGCUCUCCCUCACGACUAACCCACGACUCUCAGAUAGCUUCAUCGCACACCUCUUACCCACACUCGACGCUCCAUACCUUCGCGAGCUCCAACUCUCCGUUCUCGGGCUGACGCACACUUCCUCUCCCUAUAUCAUUGAGUAUAUCUCCUCACCCCGCUGCCAGCUGACUACCCUCAAGUUGAACGGGAACCGCAUCGGGCUCCGUGGCGCUCGCGGAAUUGUUCGCGCGGUGCACCGUCACAACUUUACGUUGUCCACGCUCGAGCUGUUCGCAAACGGGCUCGUCGAUGCAGAGGUCGACACUUCGAGCGAGACUGCCGCAAGCAGCGAAGACGACGAUGCCAUCCGCACAGGCGCAAGAUCAGUACUCUGGCGAGACGGGCAGAAGGAGCUUGCGCGCAUCCUCCUGCGCAACAAGUAUCUCGGCACGGUGACCCAGCGAGAGGCCUUUGUGCUACUCAGGUACGCCCGAGCAUUGCUUCUGCGCUCGGGAACCCAAGGUAGUAUAGUGGAGGUCCCAUCAACGGAAGCUCUCCUGCAGACGAUCGGAUCCGUGUUUGACUUGGUACCGUCGUCUGCGUUGCUUGCUCCUGCACGCGCGUUCCCGUUUUCACGCUUGCCGAUGGAGCUGCAGCUAUACAUCUUAUCGUUCCUUGCGCCCACACUGUCGUCCGCACAGCGCAUCCGCGUGUGCACGUACGCGGCAUCCCUGUCGACGCUUCCGUCGUUGCUCCCCGCGCUAAUUUCCAGGCAGACGAUGUCUCGCUCUUACGCCUCGACAAUGCCGCUUGGUGGCGUAGGACUCGGCGUCGGGAUGAUGCUGCGGAAGCGACACAGUUCUGUUACCUAUGCGGGUGCUAGCCACGAUCCGGCGAUUUCUCGUCGAGAUGAGGAGCGGGCAAAGUGGCUGAUGCUUGUUAGAUGCAAUGCAUUUGAGCUGGAGGACGAUGCGAUCUGGAGCAAGGCUGAUUGCAAUAGGAUGUAA